AUGGACCCCAGCAUCCCACUCGAGAAGCUGCUGCAGAUGCCCGCGGCGACUCCUCCGCCAGGAGUGACACCUAAUCUGGUCGAUCCGCCCAACGAAGAAGCGGCGGCCAAAGGGAUUAUUUUGAGCUUUUGGAUCUUCUGCUCGUUGAUACUGUUUAUCCGUAUUUAUACCAAGCUGGUAUUGAUCCGGAAGUUCGAUCUGUCAGACUAUUUUGCUCCGUACUGGCUUUUCGCCGAUCUGGCGGCCGGGGUAGACCAGUGGAAUAUGCGACUUAAGGAAUUCUCCCAAGUGAUUUUGUACUUUCAUGCAGGCGGCGUAUUGUAUGGCUGCUGCAUCUUCUUCAUCAAAGUAGCCAUUCUGUUGCAGUUUAUCGAGAUCUUCGUCCCCAUUCGCAGGACAGGCACGUUCUACUGGACCUGCGUGAUCACUAUCAUCGUGAACUUUGUAUUCUACUUUGUCGCCUUCUGGCUCGAGAUUUUCUCCUGCACCCCGGUUGAGAAGUAUCACAAGCCAUGGGUUAAGGGCACAUGCAUGGACUACAAAAUGUUGAACGUGGCCGCCAGCUCCGUCAACGCAAUCUCGGACAUCAUCAUCCUGAUCCUGCCGCAAAUGCGGAUCUGGAAAUUGCAAAUGCCUCUGAGCCGUCGGAUCGCCGUCUCUGCCGUGUUUUUGGUCGGCGUUAUGUACGAAAGACCGUCAUUUUAUGCUUCGUCUGAGACGAAAAUGCUAACAUAUCGCUUCCCUAGGGCCGUCACCGCUGCAGUCGUCCGUCUCGCCUACACCGUCAUCCUCGCGACGACCGACAAUAUCUCCUAUUUCGCUUACCUGUCGGGGAUUUGGACGACCCCGGAACUGUCCAUGGGAAUUGUCGUGGCAUGCUUGCCCACCGUGCCCAAGUUCGUGAAGAGCCUCGACCCGAAUCAUCGUUUGUCGCGCAUCGGCUCUUCGAUCCAGGAUAUUUUCUCGAUCGGCAGUCGCUCUCACUCGCGCUCUCGCUCCCACAACUACUCGUCGGAUCGCACCGAAGGAAACAAUGCGCCGUACACUACUAUAAAGGGAGGGAAAGAUGCCUGGUCUGAUUCCCUUCCGCUCGUGUCCACGUCGAGUGGGGGCACCUUGAAACAGCCAGCGGUUGGGAGUGAAACAGUAUAA